CAGAAAGCAAGAUGAACUGGUUGUCUUGGCUCUCUGAAUGCGGAAACCUUGAAAAUAGUUUCACACAGAAAGCACUUGCGCUUCAGAAAUUGGAUAUCAGACAAACAAACACCCAUAAAGCACCGCUGAUGGCACCAUGGUGGUCAUGCUGAUGAUAUCAUCUUUGUGUUAUGGAGUCAUGAGGGAGUGACAGCUGAAGGAGGAGUAACAUGGAGUUUGUUUGUAUACAGGGCCUAAACCAGGGAAUUAUGGGAAGAGCGCCAAAAGAGAUGCAAACCAGCUACGGACUCAUAACUUUUCAAGAAAGAUGGACUCUGCAUUAGGUUUAUGGCGCUAACGUUGUCACAGUGCUUUUUGACUAUUUCCAUUGCAAGAAGUGACCGGACUACUUGGGGAGUGAUAUGACAGACAUGGAUAAGAAGCACAAAAGACAUUUUCCUUGACAGCGGUCUGUUAUACUUAUCAACGGUCUGUUAUCGAGACUAUUGAACGAUUAGAAGGCCUAUUCAAGUGCAUGAAGCAUCCAGUAUUAUGAAAAGCUGAGUAAUAACUGUGUAAUAUUUUCUCUUUCAUCAUGUGUUCCUUUUUAAUAAGUUUAUAGGCUGUUAUCUCACUCGCCAUCCUGCCUAAAUCUCCAUUUCCACUUUAAUCAUUUAUAAGUUUACUCCCCGUCUGCUUGUUUGCGUCUUUUAACUUUUUUAUUUUACUAUAUUCUCUCGCUCUGACUUAGUGUCUCUAAUUCCAACAUAGUGUUUUAUUUUUCAUAUAUAUUUUUCAUUCUUACACAUUUGGUUACAGAAACGAUGUGUAUAUAUGUAUCCUGUUACUGUGAUGUGGCAAUGCAUUGUGUCCAUGUGUAGGCUGGUGUUAGUGCUGUGUGAUGUAUGUUGAUUUUUCUCUCUCAUCGUCCAGUGUAAGAUCAGGAGAUCCCAGGCAAAGGGGUGUGUUGGCCUAAAAUGAGUUCCUGUGAAGAAGAGGACUUUGAGCCCUUGGGCCCCAUGCAGCAGAAGAGACCACACUCUCCUGUACCCAGCUGUGUGUCCAUGAAGAGUGACCGGUCCGUGGAUCGUCCAUUGCAAUUUGCAAGAGGAGGUGUUCCUGCUGGUCAGAGCACCAUGCAGCAGAAGAGAUCACACUCUCCUGUGCCGAGCUGUGUCUCCAUGAAGAGUGACCAGUCCAUGAAUGAUCCAUGGACGUUUGCUGGAGAAAGUGUUCCUGCUGGUCAGAGCACCAUGCAGCAGAAGAGAUCACACUCUCCUGUACCAAGCUGUGUGUCCAUGAAGAGUGACCAGUCCAUGAAUGAUCCAUGGACGUUUGCUGGAGAAAGUGUUCCUGCUGGUCAGAGCGCAAAGAAGAAGAGGAGGUCCCACUCACCUACAGUCAGUGGUGAUUGGGCCAAAGAUUUGCCAAUCAACCCUGAAGGAGGAGACUCAUCUAUCGGAGUAUAUCAGCAGAUCCACAAAUCCCACCUGCUGAAGAAGUUUCAGUCUCUGAUUGAGGGAAUCCCACAGCAGGGAGACACCAGACUCCUCCAUGAGAUCUACACAGACCUCUACAUCACAGAGGGGGGAAGAGGAGAGGUCAAUGAUGAACAUGAAGUCAGACAGAUAGAGAGGGCAUCCUGGAGAGAAGCAGCACACAACAGUGAUGACUCAGAUGAGGAGUCAUAUGAUUCUGAUAGAUGGGUCAGUGAUGAACAUGAGGUCAGACAGAUAGAGAGAGCAUCCAGGAGAGAAGCAGCACAAGGCAGACCAAUCAAAUGCAGUGACAUCUUUAAACGCUUACUGGAAGAGGAAAGACGCCGAAAAGAACGCUUGGAAGCGGAGAGACGCAGAAAAGAUGAGGCUGAAAAGAAGGGCAGAAUAUUUAACCCCAAACAAUACAAACCCCUCAGAACAGUGCUGACAAAGGGAGUGGCUGGCAUUGGAAAAACUGUGUCUGUGCAGAAAUUCGUUCUGGACUGGGCUGAAGGAACAGCUAAUCAGGAUAUCCACUUCAUAUUUCCUCUUCCUUUCCGGGAGCUGAACCUGAUGAAGGAGAAAAAACUCAGUCUGGUGGAUCUUAUUCAGCACUUCUUCUCUGAAAUCAAAGAUCCAAGAGUCUUCACCAGUUCAGAGCACAGAGUCGUGUUCAUCUUUGAUGGUCUGGAUGAGUGUCGACUUCCUCUACAUUUUCACUCCAACCCGACCUGUUGUGAUGUGACAGAGCCAGUCUCAGUGGACGUGCUGCUGACAAACCUCAUCAAGGGGGAUCUGCUUCCUUCUGCUCUCCUCUGGAUCACCACCCGACCAGCAGCAGCCAAUCAGAUCCCUCCUCAGUGUGUGAACCAGGUGACAGAAAUAAGGGGAUUCAACGACCCACAGAAAGAUGAGUACUUCAGGAAGAGAAUCAGAGAUGAGAACCUGGUCGGCAGAACCAUCACACACCUGAAGUCAUCCAGGAGCCUCUACAUCAUGUGCCACAUUCCAGUCUUCUGUUGGAUUUCAGCCACUGUUGUAGAGAAAACAUCCAAAGAAUCAGACAAAGUGGAAAUUCCAAGGACUCUGACUCAAAUGUACACACACUUCCUGAUGAUGCAGACAGGCAUACAACAUGUCAAGUACACAGAGAGAAAAGAGACAGAUGAAGAGGUGAUUUUCAAACUCUGUAAACUGGCUUUCCAACAGCUGGAGAAAGGCAAUCUGAUAUUCUAUGAGGAAGACCUGAGAGAGUGUGGCAUUGAUGUCACAGAAGCAUCAGUGUACUCGGGAGUGUGUACUCAGAUCUUCAGAGAGGAGGCUGGGCUGUACCAGGGGAAGGUGUUCAGCUUUGUGCAUCUGAGCAUCCAGGAGUUUCUUGCAGCUCUGUAUGUGUUCCUCUGCUUCAGCAACAGACAGGGAAACAUGGCUGACCAACAGCAAACCUCUCAGCUCUCUGCUCUGUUCAGAGCUGCAACACUUUAUGACCUACACAAGACUGCAGUGGACCUGGCCUUACAGAGUAAGAAUGGACACCUGGACCUUUUCCUCCGCUUCCUUCUGGGCCUCUCACUGGAGUCCAAUCAGAAUCUCCUAAAGCAUCUACUGCCACAGACCAGCAGCCAAUCAGAAAGCUCAGAGGAAACAGUGCAGUAUGUCAAACAGAGGAUCAGAGAUCAGAGUAGCUCAAACAGAAGGAUCAACCUGUUCUACUGUCUGAAUGAGCUGAAUCACCAUGCUGUAGUGGAGGAGAAAAGCAGCUCAGAUACUCUGCAUGUAGAGAUGCUCUUACCAGGAGAGUGGGAGACUAAGACACUUGAGUUUAAGAUGUCAGAAGAGCAGCCGGCUGAGUUUGACCUGCAGAAGUACAUGAAGACACCAGAGGAAGAUCAGACUGAACUCCUCAGUCCAGAUGAAGUUCUUCAGAAGUUGGUGCCAGUGGUCACAACAUGUACAUCAGCUAAGCUGGAAGACUUUAAUCUGACUGAGAAGAGCUGUUCCUAUCUGGCCUCUGCCCUGAACGCACACUCCUCAAGUCUCAGACUGUUGGACCUGACUUACAAUGAGCUGCUGGACUCAGGAGUGGAACUUUUAUGUUCUGCACUUUCUCAUCAAAACUGCAAACUGGAGGAACUAAAGCUGCAGUUCUGUAAGCUGACUGAUAAGAGCUGUUCCUAUCUGGCCUCUGCCCUGACCACACACUCCUCAAGUCUCAGACUACUGGACCUGAGUGACAAUAAGCUGCUGGACUCAGGAGUGGAACUUUUAUGUUCUGCACUUCGUCAUCAAAACUGCAAACUGGAGGAGCUACAGCUGCAGAUGUGUAAUCUGACUGAGAAGAGCUGUUCCUAUCUGGCCUCUGCCCUGACUGCACACUCCUCAAGUCUCAGACUACUGGACCUGAGUAGGAAUAAGCUGCUGGACUCAGGAGUGGAACUUUUAUGUUCUGCACUUUGUCAUCAGAACUGCAAACUGGAGGAACUUAAUCUAAAGCACUGUUAUCUGACUGAUAAGGGCUGUUCCUAUCUGGCCUCUGCUGUGUCCACACACUCCUCAAGUCUCAGAGUGCUGGACCUGAGUGACAAUAAGCGGAUUAGUGCAUCAGCUGUAGAGCAGCUCUCUGCUCUAGUGGAGGACCCACACUGUAAACUGGAGAAACUAGAGUGGGAGGACGAUUCUUGUGUUGAAUGGGACGACGAUGAGGAUGAUGAGGAUGAGGAUGAGGAUGAUAGUGAGGAAGAUGAGGAGGACACCAUCACACACAUUUCCCGGUCGGAGUCUAGACUGUGCCCCUGUGUAUCACAGUGAUGACUCACAGACGAGUUGUGAAUCCUGUGCUGAAGUCCCAGACACCAACCACUGGGAGCGGGUCAAGCCUAAACUCUCUGUAGAGAAGGACGUCUCGACCUUU